ACUGCAUGUGGACGUCGCUUGCGCUUGCACAGAGCACACGACUCCUCAUCGCGCCUCUGCGACUCUUGGAUUGCUCCGCGGACAAUUGUGCUGUUUCGCCACCCAUCACCAUCGUCCGGCCAUCGUGGUCUGACUGACGCUCAUCGCGGCCAGAACGGCAGGCCACUAUCAGCCCUAGCAGUGCACCAUCAUUCCACAGAAAUCCUUCGCCCAGUAAAAUCCUGCCCGCACAACCAUGUCUACAGCUGCAUCCGAUGCAUCGCCCACUUCGACCACCUCUUCACCAGUCACGUCUCCGAUCGAGCAACACUUGAUCAAAUUGACCUCCGACAUUGUCGUGGCCUGCAACGCCCGACAAUGGGAUCCCAAGACCUACCCGUGGACACACAUUGCUGCGGACUUUGUGGCUGGCAGCACCUUCGCAACAUUACCCUCGGAGCUUGAUUUCGCGGGCUUUUUGCAUGAGUUCAGUCUGCUUUAUGGGUCGAAGCCAGAGUUCUAUGUCCGCCCGGUGGACAUCACGGCUAACGUCAGCGAGAAAACGGGAAAGGCCACAGUAUUCGCCAAUUUUGAGAAUGUCAACUUCACUCCUGGUGUGCUGCGGUACAGCGUUGGGAGACUCGACUUCCAGGGCCUGGGAAAUGGCCGCUGGGUCUGUGUCAGAUAUAUGAGCGUCCCCGUGGGCGAGAGUCCUGCCGGCUAAUCCUCGCGCUACGUCGAGCCUCGACUGCAAAAGAUCAGUCAAUCCAAUAUAAUGCCCAGCGCGGCGGUAGCCAUAUGAGAGUCUCCACGGGUCUUGGACAUGCUGGCGAAUAGAACCUGAGUUUACUGGCCUGUCAGCGAUGCAGCGCUGACCCAACAGUAGCAAGAAAGACGACAAUAGAUGUGUUCGAGGCGUCAUGCUGGUAUCUAAAAGCAGAGAGUGUGAUGCGCGUUACCAUAGACCGGCCUAAAGAUGGAU